CAUGGACACGACCACGAGGAAAAGAAAACGUGUAAGCAAAAAUAAGAAGAAAAACUGGAGAAAACAUUCGGAUAUCAAAGACGUAGAAGAAUUUUUAGAAGAUGAACGUCUUCAGUUAAGAACUGGUGGUCUUGUGGCUGAAAAGGCAGAUGCACAGCUCUUCUUUGUUGACAAGUUUGUGGAGGAUGAAGCCGAUCCUGAGGGGCAUGAUGUGCCCAAGAGGAGAAGAAAAGAGCCAAAACCAUUGAGAUGUCAUGGUAACCUACAUGCUAACACUGAUGUUAAACCAGCUGUGAUACCAAGAAAUAUCAAAAGCAAUAAUAUCAAGAAGUUAUCAGAACGAAGGAGAAUUAAGCAUGAGCAGAACAUUUUGAAUUCAAGAGAAAGAGAGGGCAAAGUACACAGAGAGAAAGCAGCUGAGGUUGCUAAGAUAAGAAGGAUCACCAGGAACAAGCUCCCUAAUAUAGGCUACGAUCUCUGGGCUGAGGACAGUGUCAACUCCUCUGUGAAGGAGGUGGCAGAGUAUCAUGAAAAGUAUACCAAGAAGACAAAACCUAAAGCUCCUCAGCGCCUUAGAGCCAAACCUUCUGUGGUGCCUGCCAUUGAAGUUAGUCAUCCAGGAGCUUCAUAUAACCCAGCUUUUGAUGAUCAUCAGGAACUGUUAAAAAUAGCAAAUGAAGCAGAAAUUAAAAAACUGAAGGAGGAGAGCAAACUGGAGGAGAGACUUGCUCCAAUGCAAAAGAUGAGUUGGAAUGAGAUGGAGCAAUCCUGGAUACAAGAGAUGUCUUUGGGUCUUGAUGGGGACGAUGAGGAAGAUGGAAGUGACAGUGAAGAUGCUGAUGAUUUAACAACAAAUCCCCCAGUAAGGCGGGAAAAUAAGAAAACAGAAAAACAGAGAAAGAAAGAGAAGUUAAAACUUGAGAAGGAGAAAAAGCUACAGGAGAUAAAAAUGAAGAAAAUAAAAGACAGCCAGCGUCUCAGAUUAAAAUCUAUCAAGAAAGAGGUGAAUGAGAUAGUAAAGCAACGUGAAGCAAAAGCUUCCCGGAAAGCUGAAAAAAGGAAAGCAGCCAUUGCCAACCCCAAAAAGCUGGGCAAGCUGAAAUUUGAAGCCCCUGACCUAGAACUUCAGCUAAGUGAUGAAUUAAAAGGAUCACUUAGACUCCUAAAGCCAGAAGGACAUUUAUUGGAGGACAGAUUCAAAAGCUUCCAGAAAAGAAACAUCAUAGAGCCCAGAAAGAGGGCCAAACACAUUAAAUGGACAUACAAACCUAAAUCUUAUGAAAAGAAAGACCACAGGGCUAUAAAAGCAUAAGAAUGAUUGGAAUAUUUUAAUGUAUAUGAGGAAUUUUUACAGAGAGAAUGUCAAGGAAAAAAAUCUCACUAAUUCCUCUGAUAAAGCCAUUCAUAAUCAAGUAGAGGUAAUGGAACAGUUGAGGAUUUAGCAGUAAAGCUACUUAAGACUACAACAGGGAGAAUUUCUGGCUAUAUAAGUCUCGGCAUUAUUGAUUAACAAUUAGUUCACUGUUCAAAUUUCUCAUACAGUGUCUCUUUAUAAUUUUGAAUGAUCUCAUAAAGAGAAAUUGAUUUAACUACAAGUAUGCCAGUUGGAAGUCACUUUGCUUAGAAAAUAUUUUGUGGUGCUAUUUGGUUCCUGUUACUCUAUUAGAUUAGAUCAGUAGACUCUAGAGACCCGACUAAAUACUAUGAAAAUAAUGAAUUUGUCGUGUGACCCUAGGCUUGUUAAGUAGCAUGUCUUGGAUGUGCAGAAAGGUGUCACCAUGACGGCAGUGUUCUUUGCUGAUGCUCUGUACAUGUGCAUUUAAAUUUUCUGGCAGGAUUACAUCACACAUUUUAACCUCAUUGGUGGAUGUCACAAUUCCUAAAGUUCUUGUAUGCUAUAAUUAAAAUGCUGUUUAUGAUUUGAAAUACAUAACUUGGAAUUAAAGUAAAAUGUGGACAUGCAUAAACAGUUUCUCUCAUUUCAUGGAAUAUUGUGCAAAAAUGUUUGAUAUUAUUUAUUGCUUUCAGUAACUACAACUUAUCUGUCAUCAGCCGGAUUUUUUUUUCAUAAGAUAUAUAAAGCGUUUUAAUUAAUACCAUUUGAUAUAACCAGG